GGAUGGAGGAGAGUUUUAGUUCAAGUCGCCAUUUAGUACUGGAAGCUAAGCGAUAAAUAAGCGAGUUGAGGUCUUUCUUCCAUUAUAAGUGAAUGUGGCGAUUUAAUUUACGUAAGAGCGUAAUUUCUAGGCAUUUUUCAUUCAUUUUGAAAUAUUUAUUGCAAUAAGUUGCUUCUUGUACAUUGGACGUAAACGUAAACUCGUAUUGUACAAUAGAUUAUAUUAAGUAUUUAAUAUAUUAUAUUGUUAAUUUUUUGUUAGUUAUUUCGAGUCGUUGCUUGCAACCUUGUGAAUACAUUUGAGCGGACAUCGUAUUGAUUCGACACUAGCAGGGGCAGCCGGAGAUCGUGUCCUAGCUGUCAAUUUAUUUUAUUUUGUUUUUUCUCUUCAAAAUAUGGAAGCGCUUGUUUUAAUUUGACGAAGGGGUGGAGGGGUUUCGACCCUUCUCCCGAAUUUAAAAGUGAAAACCUUGGGGUUUAUUUUGUAAUCCCUGUUAUCCACCCCAACCCAGAUUUUCCUUCGUACGUGCUCAUAGUUUACCUUAAGACCCAGGAAAGGACCCAAUCCGCCCAACCAGGCCCAGAAAGAAGGCCUCGGGAUUCAGGAAGAAGACGACUAAAGCGCAACUUUUUUUUGAGAUGAAUGGCAUGGAUAUCGUUUAAUAACACCAACAGUUGACAAGCUUCAGGCGUCUUGGACUGGCACACCUGUCCAUUCCCUGCAAUGACUGAAUCGCGGACUUACAAGAUCUUCUAUUUUCGAUCAGAGACAAAGCAGAAUCGCCUGGCCGGUUACAGUUGUCUGCAUCGGACUUCCAAAUGUUAGGAUGAUGUGAUUUUCUCUGGACUUAAAAGAAUCUGCCCAAAGUUCGGUUUACUAAUUUGAAGUGUCCGUGCAAACGGACAAUCGCUAAUGUUUGUUUAUUUUGCAAUGUUACGUACUUGGGACUAAGUGGAAUAAAGCGGUUCGAUUGUGGAUCGAUUCAGACGAAAGACAACUUCGUAACAUAUAUGUUUUUUCCAUUUCGUUGUUCGAUGUGUUUGUGGAUAUGUUUUUGAAAGGCUUGGAUUUUUUAAUGAACUGCAUAAUGGAGAUACUCCUGUCAGUGCCACUGAAAGAGUAGCCUGCACCAAGUACAACUUUUCUCUGUUAUUCUUGGUACUGAUAAUGGGGAAGAUCCCGGUGAACGUUGGAUGUCAUCCAGAUUGAGUCCUUGGUCCCAUGGAGGAUGCCAAAUUGAAAACAAACUCUUCCUCAAUGAAGCAAGGUCUGGAAUUCAUAUACAUACUUUCUGUGCAGAAUAUGAAGCUAGUACGUCCAUGUUGAGAUAUAUAUAUAUAUAUUUGUAAUUGCUUAUUGAGAGCUGUCUUUGUUACACGGAAGAAUGGAUGGAUUGCUUUGGAUAGUUUACAGUUAUCCUAAUUUACGGUUACUCUUCUGUAACAGUGUUUUACUCUUGAUUAUAAAAAGACAUCACUGUUCCAGGGAUCUGGUCCUAUAAGUUAUUAUUCCUCCAGCCUUGACUUACAGAAUUACUUAAAGGAGACAUUGGAAGAAAACUUUACAAUUAUAUUUUUGUAAGGAUUAAAACAUCAAAAAAAAUGUCAGAAAAUCAAGACAUUGUAACAUUUUUGUCUCCCCCGAAGAAUGGUACAGGUUCCAGUUCGGAUACUUCAUUGGGAGACAGGUUGGCAGGUGGUCAUUUUAAGGAGAAAGAUGAAGAAACUGUCAGAAGGCGUAGACAUACUAUGGAUAAGGACAGUAAAACUGCAGAGCAUCGCUUCUUUAGACGGAGUGUUAUUUGUGACUCUAAUGCCACAGCCCUGGAUCUGCCCAGCAAGUCUUUUUUAUUGGCUUCUCCACCUGAUUCUGACUCUUAUUUAUCCUUCCAUAUAGACACUAGUUUUGGCACCACAAUUGUUUUGCCACCUGCAAUUGAAUUGCCUAACGAGUCGCAACUGGGAGUAUCUAUUGAUGGUGAUGGGCAACUGAAAGAACUGAGACCAGUAGUGCUGGGCAUUUGUGACACCAAAAUAAAAGAGUUAUCACCCCUAGUAGGUAGUGAAGUAUUUGACUUUGUUGACCAAUCUGGAGUGGAUGGCAUUGUAAGUAGCACCAUAGGUCUUGAAAACAAUCUAAAGGGGAAGGAGUUUGAAGAAGAAAAGACUGAAACCAGUAUCCAAAGUGAUGAAGAUGCUGAGCAGAAGGCAGAGGCAGAGAUUCGUGCAGCAGAGAAGAAGCAACAGGAAGAAAAUGAGGAGGUUGAGACCAAAGCAGUGGGGACAUCUCCUGAUGGUCGCUUUCUUAAGUUUGACAUUGAGAUUGGCAGAGGCUCCUUUAAAACAGUCUAUAAGGGCCUGGAUACUGAAACAACUGUGGAGGUUGCAUGGUGUGAGUUGCAGGAUCGAAAGCUUACAAAGUCAGAAAGGCAGAGAUUUAAAGAAGAAGCUGGCAUGCUGAAAGGUCUUCAGCAUCCAAAUAUUGUUCGCUUUUAUGAUUCUUGGGAAUCUCCAUCGAAAGGAAAGAAAUGCAUUGUUCUUGUAACAGAGCUGAUGACAUCUGGCACACUGAAAACGUAUUUGAAGCGCUUCAAGGUAAUGAAGAUUAAAGUGCUUAGAAGCUGGUGUAGACAAAUACUGAAGGGCCUGCAGUUCUUGCACACAAGGACACCUCCCAUUAUCCACAGAGACCUGAAGUGUGACAAUAUUUUCAUUACUGGUCCUACUGGCUCAGUCAAGAUUGGUGAUCUUGGUCUUGCCACUUUAAAGCGAGCUUCAUUUGCAAAGAGUGUUAUAGGUACCCCUGAGUUCAUGGCCCCAGAGAUGUAUGAGGAGAAAUAUGACGAGUCUGUGGAUGUUUACGCAUUUGGGAUGUGUAUGUUGGAGAUGGCUACUUCCGAGUACCCGUACUCAGAGUGUCAUAAUGCAGCACAGAUCUACCGUAGAGUAACAAGUGGUGUCAAGCCUGCCAGCUUUGACAAGGUAGCUAUUCCUGAAGUGAAAGAAAUCAUUGAGGGAUGCAUUCGGCAAAACAAAGACGAAAGAUAUGCUAUCAAGGACCUUUUGAAUCACGCCUUCUUUCAGGAAGAGACUGGUGUCCGUGUAGAACUUGCAGAAGAGGAUGAUGGAGAAAAGAUUGCCAUUAAACUUUGGCUUAGAAUAGAAGAUAUUAAAAAGCUGAAGGGAAAGUAUAAGGAUAAUGAAGCCAUUGAGUUUUCUUUUGACCUAGAAAGGGAUGUCCCAGAAGAUGUUGCACAAGAGAUGGUUGAGUCUGGAUAUGUGUGUGAAGGUGAUCACAAGACCAUGGCAAAAGCAAUUAAGGAUCGUGUUUCGCUCAUUAAGCGUAAGCGAGAGCAGCGUCAGUUAGUACGUGAGGAACAAGAAAAGAGAAAACAAGAGGAGCAACAAGUGGAACUCCAGAAUCAGCUGGGGCACACAAGUUCUACCCAGUCUGCACAGGGCCAGCAGGCAAAUGUAUCUGCCACUGUUUCAAGCACAGUCACUACCACGACCACUACUACUAUCUCAGCAGGUCUGCCAGCUCAGGUGGAGCCAGAGGAGCCAGAAGCUGACCAGCACCAGCAACUUCUUUACCAGCAAGCUGGUGUUUCAGUUGCAUCUGAUGGUACAGUUGACAGUGGACAGGGCUCAUCUAUUUAUUCAGAGUCUCAUCUUAGUCAGCAAAAUUUAUCUUAUGGUUCACCACCUGAUCCAGCUCUACCUAGUCAAGUCCCAGGAUGCACAUCAACUUCUGUCCAGCAAGCCCAGUUGGGAACAAUGUCAUCAUCAUUAUUACAGCAGCCAGUAGUGCCCCAGAUUUCCAGCCAGCAGCAUUCAAGUACCCUGUCCCUUCCAGCUAAUACUCAGCCACAGAUUGCUGCCUCUCAGCAGCCUCCAGGUCAGCAGAAUUCUCAUGUUCCUUCCUCAAAUCUCAUUGGACACUACAUUGCACCACAACAGCAGUCAGUGCCUCCCUCUGUACCUCCUGCAGUCAUCCCUGCUUCUCAUCGUAGUCAGUCUCAUGUAAUUCAGACAAACCAGGUCCCCCACCCAACACAGCCUCCUGUGUCUCAAUCAGUGCAUCCCUUUCAUGGUGAAACUCCACUUUCUUCAGUUUUGGCUUCCAAUCUCCCACAAUCAAGCUCUCUCCCCUCAUCUUCCCAUUAUCAAGCUCUUGGACAGACUUUACCUACCACUUCCUAUCAGCCACAGCAGUUCAAUGCUAAUGCUGUUUUGUCCACAUCAACACCACAUGUCCCUAUCGCGCAGGUGGGUUUCACUCAGCCUUCACUUCACCUGAACAAUCCUAUGGCAACCAGCCUUUCCCAGCAGCCUCAGAUGUCUGGACCACCACUGAUAGUAGCUGCACCUACAGCAUCUAUUGAUGCUCAGACAAUCAUUUCAUCAAGCCAGGUUGUUCCUGUGACUCUAACAGCAGCUCUACUACCCACACAAAUCUUAGGUGGUCAACCUCUUCCUGUAGUUUCAACUGUGCCAGCAACAUGUGAUAUGCAAUUUCAACAUGGAGAUCUUCAACAAGAGAUUCCUCAGAAUGUACCUCAAGGAUUGCCAAAUGACCAGUUCCAGGGUUUGAUUAAUCAAGUUGCUUCAGGCAUUGAUAGUGCUCAUUCUGAUGUGUCUGGAAUGAGUGAUGGAAAUGAAGGGAUGAAUAGCAGCAGUGGAAAACAUGAAGGAAGACCAGCUAAGCGGCAUUUUCGAAAGUCUGUCAGGAGUCGCUCACGGCAUGAGAAGAUGUCCCGUGCCAAAUUGCGUAUUCUAAAUGUGUCUAAUAAAGGAGAUAGAGUUGCUGAGUGUCAGUUAGAAACACACAACAGGAAAAUGGUUACUUUCAAAUUUGACUUGGAUGGUGAUAACCCAGAAGAAAUUGCUGAAAUAAUGGUUGAAAGUGAGUUUAUCUUGGAGAGUGAGAGAGAUUCCUUCAUUGACCAGGUGCGUGAAAUUAUUGAGAAGGCUGAUGAAAUGCUAAGUGAAGAUGCCAGUGGAGAGCCUGAAGGUGAACAAGGUUUAGAGAGAGAUAGUGUAAAAGGGACAUCCUUCUUCCCGGAAUCCCAGAUUUUGAGUGACUUCAGGCUACCAGAGCCUGCAAUUCCCCAAUACAUGGGAAGCCAGGCUGGUACAACAACCCAAGUUGUACAUUCUGCAGGUCGUCGUUUCAUAGUGAGUCCAGUUCCAGAGGCAAGGCUGAAAGAACCUUUUUUUUCUACAGCAGCCACAUCAACCAGAGAAGUGCCAGUUACAGCACCAGUUUUGAACCUCUCUCACUCUGCAUCUUCUGUUAGCCUGCAGCAAGCCUUUACUGAGUUGCGACAUGGCCACUAUCAGGAGGGGCCUAGCACUGCUCCACCCAUCAUUAAUCUACCUGUGCCACCGUUGCCCACUUCUGUUCCAGUCAACAGUACUGUUGCUGGCAUUGUUCCAGUCACUACAGGAGGUGCCCCAGUCUCUACCCCGUCCAAUGUCCAAAUUACAUCAACUCCUUUCAUCCAGUCACAAAGUGUUAGCACUGAGACAUGUCCAACUUCCAUAACCACUGCCUCAAAAGCUCUGCCGCCUCCUGAUGUGAGCUCUGUACUCAAUGUCUCCACAUCUAUCCCAUCUCCUUCAACAGUUCAGUUGCAGCAACAACCUGUUUCCCAGGUGACUUCUGUGGAAUCUACCUUUCUGAAUGCAGUGUCAAUGCCUUUGGUAUCUCAGGCAGGACAACAUGUUAUUUAUUCUGGAGUUAGUUCUUUAUCUCCACCUUUGUCAGUAUCUCAGUCUACACAACAGCCUCUUUUAGGGGUUGCUUCCAGUAUCAGUGCCCCAGCUUCCAUAGUUCCACAUUUGGCAUCUCAGCCAGUCCAAACUACCAGUGUCCUUUUGCCAAAUAUCAAUCUUCCCACCUCUGCUACCUUUCCUAUGACAUCUGUGUCAACCCAACAAGUCAUAGGUGUUCCAACAAGUAUGUCUAUACAAACAUCAGCUUCACAACCUUGCCCUGUGAUUACCAAUACUAGCACGAACAUUCACGAUUUGCUGCCUUCCAUAAUCCCAGUACUUCCUGAAGCAUCCCAGCCAUCCUUAGUUAUGACAGUGCCAGUAUCUGUUCCUUCACUCGCCACAGUUUCAAAUACCCAAGCACUUGUAUCACAACCAGCUGCUAUGCCUCCUCCAAUUGUACAUUCUGCUAUGUCAGGUUUGACCUUGCCAUCUAGCAGUGGUCCUCAGCUAGCUCCCCUGGCUCCUGUCCCGUGCUCUCUGCCUGUUGCUAGUAGUGCUCCAGUAGUUCAGCAGACAUUAGUUCAUACCCAGCCCCAGUCGGCUCCUUUGCCAAACCAGCCUCAUGUACACAAUGCAGAAUGUGAAAGUGACUUGCAGCCCAAAGCUCCUGGUAUUGAUGAUAUAAAAACACUGGAUCAAAAAUUACGUUCUUUGUUUAGUGAACAUAGUGCAGCAUUAUCCUCUAGUCAAGUAGAGCCUGCUGAUAAUGCAGGAACACCAGGCCAGGCUAGUGCCCCAGGUACAGCAGGAGCCACAUCUACCACACCUAUGAUUGUACCCCCAACCAGCCUCCCACUUGGACCAACAGGGCUUCCUAUCAGUACUCCAGUAGCCACACCAGGGCAGGUGUGCACACCAGCAGGAUAUGGUCAGAUUUCAUCUACUGCAGUGCCAGGAGCAAGAGCAGGAACACCACCUGCCAAACUGCCUCUAGGAAGAGUUCCAGUGUUACCUGUAGGUGCAGAAUUACAAGCUGGCACGCCACCUUCUGAAAACCUGCCACCUUUUCCAGGACCUUCACUAACCCAGUCUCAGCAGCCCUUGGAAGAUCUUGAUGCCCAGCUAAGACGUGCACUUAGCCCAGAGACUGUGCCUGUAAACUCCAUGAUGCAGAUUACUCCUUCAACAACAAGCUCUGAUAUUUCAGUUCAUCCUGUGGUUUCAGAGCCACCAUCUCAGCAUGGAGACUGGUAUUCUGGAUCAGGAAUUCAGUGUGGUCGUUUUCAUGUAACAGUUGCUGUUGAGAAUAGUGAAGAUUAUAAAGAACCUACAAGUUCUUCUGAGUCCACUUCCUCCACAUCUCCUCUUUCUAGUCCUGAAAAUACAAUGGUGAAACCUUCAUCGUGCAGAAAUAGUGUUGAUACGGUGGAUGGAUUGACCUCUAUAACUCAAGAGAUGGUUCAGCCAACUACAAUUGGGAGAUUUCAAGUGACCACAAGAAAUGACACUCAAGUGGGACGUUUUUCUGUAUCUAAAACUGAAGACAAAAUUGCUCUGAACCUAGUAGAUUCUACCACUGCUGAUCAGGCUAGAACUCCAAAAGAAUUAACAGACCAGUCUGACAUAGUUAGCACCGAGUCAAAACAUGAACAAUAUGUGCUAGCCAAUGGACCUUCUAAAACUGGAGGGGGUAGUCCAAGUGAGACUUUGUUGGGUGGCUCUGCUUCCCCCCAGUUGCAGGGAUCUAAGAUUUCAUUACCCAACUUUAGCAACUCUUGGAAGUCACCGUACAUGAGCAGCGACAAUGAUUCCGAGUUUGAGGAUGAAGAUUUUAAAAAGGAGUUGCAUCGUCUUAGAGAAAAGCACAUGAAGGAAAUUCAAGCUUUGCAUGUCCGUCAGAAGCAAGAGAUAGAGUGCCUUUACACUAAAUUGGGGAAGGUGCCCCCAGCAGUCAUCAUUCCUCCAGCUGCACCUCUCUCAGGACGGCGCCGGAGACCCACCAAAGGAAAGGGAGGCAAAUCUGGCCGCAGUAGUUCACAAAGCAGCAAAAGCCCUCUUGCGCCAGGUCCGUUACUGGCACAAAGUGCACCUUCAGUACUGGAACAGCAGCAGACUCUGCAUCCUUCUGGCACUGGUCCAGAAGAAGGGCACAAGCAGCAUCUGAAACCAUCUCCAUCUAGUGAGAACCUUUGUUCUACAUACACAAGCGAUGCUGCAAUUUCUGUUCCAAGCUUAUCUGCCCCAGCUCAAGGCUGCACAAAGUUCAACUGUGUCUCUGAAAGACUGACCUUCAAAUUUGGUGGCAGAAGGACGCGAUUUCUGAGUACGCCCUGCUUGGCUCUUUGGAAGAUGGUGAAAAAAGUGUGCCCCUGCAACCAGCUUUGUAGGACAAGCAGCACCAAUGCUGUUAACACUGGUGCUCCAUGUGUUGGCCUGCAGCAACCUACUCUGCCUGCAAGUCGGAAGGGCACCUUUACAGACGAUCUGCACAAACUGGUGGACAACUGGGCCCGUGAUGCAAUGAACCUGUCUCAGGGCAAGCGAAGCUCGAAGCAGCAGCAGCAGUUGCAACAACCCCAACAGCACAACUAUUGUGAUGUGAUUCCUCCAGUCAGUGUUGCAAGGAAGUUCUCCGCCCCUGGCCAGCUCUGCCCUAAUAUUACUAACUCACUAAGUGGGCCGAUCACUGCUCCUUCGGCUACCUCCUUGGGGCCCUAUGCCAAGGCUCCCUUGUGCCCGACUCCUCAGUAUGGGUUUUCUUCUGCUCCAUACAGUGGCCAGUGGACAGGUUCAACUCAGCAAGCCGGACUUCUAAUGACAUCGCAGCCCCUGGGGCAGUUCCAACCAGUUAGUGCUAGCUCAUUGCAGGCCUUCCACCUCAGCACUUUGCAGAAAUCCGUCAGCAACCCCACAGGCCCAAACCUUCGGACAACAUAAACCUUUUGCUUUGCUGAAAGGAAGGGUCUGAGGAUUGGAUCAUCACGGGGUUUUAUUUAACUACAGGGAUCAGGCCUCUCAACGUAGAAUUGAGAAGGGGAAGAAGUACAAUGUAAACGUGUUUCUGUUUGUAGUAGCUGACACUGCUGCUUGUUCUAAAAUGGUCUGAAUAGCUCCACGUUUCAAGGACAAAGAGGUUCUUGUAAUUUACAAAACAAAUACCCAUGUCACAUAACAUGUGCAUUGCAAUGUCCAGGAAUGAUUAUAGGUCAUCUUAGUUUCACUGGCUACUAUAAAAAUGCAAGGCUUUCUGGGGCCACUCUCUUCUAAGCCUAAACUUUGGAUGCCAAAUUGUGCCAAGUAUCCAGUAUUUUGUGGCACAUUUUCAAAAGGCAAUGCUGUGACUAUGGCUGACACUAACUUGUGAUCAGUCUACCAUUCUAGUUGCUAAAAAAGGCUUGGUGAGAGAGCAGCUGGACCCACAAAAAUGUAUGUUGCUUGUCUCUCUCAUUAUUUCCAUUGUUUGUCUGUUAUUUCCCCUCAGCAAGACAAGGAAGUAAAAUGAAAUGAAGCUCAGAGAUCCCAGUAAGAAAUGUUAAAUGGUGGUGCAUCUUCUCCAUUAGCAGCUAGCAACAUCGAGUGUGAGCAGCGGGAAAGCCUGAAUUUGAGAAUUCUGGGUUGACUGGAAUAAGACAUUCUUCUCCCUGAGAAACCCCAGGGCUCUGCCUAGCUUGGGGAGCCAACAACAGCACAGAGAGCCCGUUGAAAUGUGGCUUGUGAGUGAGUGAGUGGUCAUUAAGCUUUAAAUCUGUUAUAUUACUAAAGUUAACUGCUUUUAUAAUCAUGACAGCAUUAGGGGGCCUAUUUAACUAGUUUGAUUGAAAUGUAUAGUUAAAAAACAAAUAAUAAGAAAAUAAAAAGCGUUCUGUGCGGACAUGUAUUUACCCAUCAGUUUUUGAUGUUGAAACACUGUGAUUAUAUAAAUGUUGUUGGACAACAUUAGAUAAACAAAAAUGGAACGUAAAAGAUGAUAAUUAAAAAUAAGUAAGGCUAGCUAUAUCCAUAUUCAGUACUUAUUGGAGACACUUUAACAGUUUUUUCUAUUUUUUUUUUUACUUUCUAUGUAAUAGAUCAAUAAAUGUGAAUGUAAAAUGGUUUAAAUUAAUGUACUUGAAGAACUUUAUCAUCUUCCCCGUCCCCAGUGUGCUUGCUGGAUUUAGAGUGCCUUGUUUUUCUUCUGUUCUGUGUCAUUUACUUCUGAUUGGGCUGAAAUAACUGAAGCACUUAAGCACUAGAGGCCGAUAGAUUGGGAAAGUUUGUUUCAGCAAAGGGAAAUUCAGGAAAAGGAGCAGAAAUGGGCACUUUUGUGUUAUUAGAUGUUUGGUCAAAACCACUCAUAAAGUGGACUUGUAUAGCAUGUUGUGGAAAUGAGUAGCUGGUUGACGAAGGUUGGUGUGCCAUUUGGCAUAGAAAAGAGAUGGAAUGAACAUUGAGCCGAAUUACCCAGGUUUAUAAAUGUAUUAUUACCCCUUGCCAUUCUCAAGAGGUUGUCUAGCUAGGGAGUAAUGCAGACAUAUUCUAUAGUGCACCUAAGAACCAUUGAGGAAACCACACAGAGCGGUCGGUGGUCUCGGUGUGUUGGUUUGAGUUGGGUGGCUUUUUUUUUUUAUCCCCUUCCAAGCAUAUACAUUUGUUGACCGCAGAACCAGAAGAUUGUUUUAUAUGGUGUAUGUGCAUUUGAAGCAGUUUGAGACUUUCAAGUCUGUUUUCUGACAUUUUUUGGGGAUCAUUGCUGUUUCCGAGUUUGUUAGGACCUUGAGGACCACACCUGAUUUAGGAGUGCUUGUUCUCUUUUCUCUGUUGUAGCAAUCUGCUUGGGGUUUCCCUUGCCUUGAUGAUACGAUUGAUGUUCUGCUUUCCUUGCAGACAUGGUUAUUUAGAGUUUGUAGAUGAGUUUGCAAAACUACUUUAUAGUGUAACGGCAUCAGUAGGUGAGGAAGGCUGCCUUCAAUGGGUUUUUGCUUAUGAGGUACAUGGCCUCUCUUGUUCUUUCUGGAGUUUUUAGUGCUAUAAGAUUUGAGUUCCCAGCUUUUUGUUAUUGGCUGUAUUUCGGAGUUGGACCUUUCUAUUUAAUGAGUUUUGGAGGAGAAGCAAAACCUGAACUACUCUGGGUGAUAAUGCAAAAUCGACUCGCAGUGGUUUGGAUUGUUUGCAAGAAAUAGAGUACAUAACGAAUGUUCUUUUGGAGGUUUAUAAAACAAGGCAGUUUAAAACUUGUGCAAGCUCUUUCCCCUCCUGGUAUUUAAUGUAUAAACCAAAAAUGUCUACCUGUAUUUAACUUGGCUAGUUAAUUAAUCCAUCAUUUAGUAUGGGAUGGGGUUUUUAGACCUAUAUGCCUUGGUAAUGUAUUUAUCUAUAACAAGCGUUUAAUGCAAAAAAAAAAAAAUACCCUAAAUAAUAAUAAGUGUUACAAUUCUCAUAUCUUUAUUGUACUAAUGAGUUCAUUUACUGUAGGAAAAAAAAAACCAAACAACUCUGAUCUUGCAUGAGCUGAGAGUUAAUCGCAGCAUCUUGAUCUUAGCCGUUGUAAAGUGCAGCGAGAGGCUGCUGCUGCUGAGUGUCAAGCCUUAUAUUGCAGUUAGCAAAGCCUAUUGGACUGGUGGGACACGGCCCUGUCACUUGAAGUAGCUCGAUGGAUAAAAAGCCUGCCUUCAUUUGUGUGCAACUUUUUGUUUGCUUUUGUCUUUUUUUUUUUUUUUGUGUAUUAUUUGUUUGUUAUUUUUUUUAAUUUUUCUUGUAAUAAUGCUUUGGCAGAUAGUCUUGUAGACAAAACAUACAAAACAGUACAGUAUUAAAAGUAGAAUUGCCAGAAAGCUGUGAAGAUCCUUCAGGAAUGAUAAAGAAAUUGCGUCACUUUUUUUUUCUGUCUUUUACCUUUAAAAAAGUUAAUCCAUGCAAGUAGAUUAGAUUAGUGCCACUAUCUUUAUGGAUGAAUUGCUACUUUCUAAUCCCUGAUUUCAUGGUGAAUGCGAAGGCAGUGAUAGGCGUGAGGAGGGCGCAGAGCGGCAGUGAUGGAGAGUGCGGAGGGAUGUUACGCAGUUCAAGAAUGUGUUCGUUUUUGUUUUUUUUUUUUAAUUCACAGAAAGUAAUUUCUGCUCUAUAACUUUUUUUAUUUACUUUAUUUUAUACCUUUCACAUAGGAAUGUGUUGCAAAGUGCCAUUUUAUGCAAAAAUGGUGUUAAGUAAAAGCUAAUACAGCAUCUCUCUAUUGAAGCACUGCAUGUUACCUGCCUAUCAUACUUUUUCCUUCCCUGCAUAACUGAAUUUAGGCUGUGCUGAUUCUUAUUUUGUUCAUUAUUUCUCCUGUGGAAAAAAAAAAUACAGUAAAAUAAUCUGUUACUUAAUGCUACUGAGCUGUCUGUUAUUUUGUCUUGUUUUACUGAGAUUGUUUCUUCUCUCCAGAGCUUCCAGUGACUGCUGACGUCAUAAUGGAUGCUGCACCUAUUUAACAUUGUAAAAUAAGGUUCUAAUAAAACAUUGUAGGGAAG